GACGAAGACCAAAAAAUGGAUUUACUCUCAGAAUCUUUGAAAGGAAGAUUAUUAUUUGCUAUACCAAAGAAAGGCCGUUUAUAUGAGAAAUGCAUUGAAUUGUUAUCUGGUGCAGACAUACAGUUCACCAGAUCAAACAGAUUAGAUAUUGCUCUCUCACGUAACCACAAUUUAGCUCUCGUCUUCCUUCCCGCAUCAGACAUCCCUAGAUUCGUCGGAGAAGGUAACGUAGCACUUGGUAUCACCGGCCAAGAUAUGAUAGCUGAGGCUGCCGUCGAAAACCUCGUCACAGAGGUUUUACCACUCGGUUUUGGUAAAUGCAGAUUACAAAUCCAAACACCUGAGCGUGGUCCUUUACAAAAAGUAGAAGAUUUAGCUGGAAAGACUAUUGCAACCUCCUUCGAAGUCCUCUCAGGUAAAUUUUUCUCAAAACUCGAUGAACAAAGAGGAGACGGUGUAUCUACAAAGGUUGAAUACCUCGAUGGUAGUGUAGAAGCAGCUUGUACAUUGGGUGUUGCCGACGCAAUCGUUGACUUGGUUGAAUCUGGUGAAACUAUGCGUGCAGCUGGAUUGCACGCUAUCCACACAUUGAUGACUUCAGAAGCUGUUCUCAUCCAAUCCAACAAGAAAGUACAAAAUGAAGAUCAAGAAUUACUCAUAAAGAAGAUCAUUUCACGUAUAAGAGGUGUCAUGGCUGCUAAGAAGUACGUUUUGUGUAAUUACAACAUCGAACGUAAGCACCUCGAUGCGGCCAUCAAAUACACACCUGGUAGAAGAGCGCCAACUGUUAGUCCACUCGAAAAUGAAGGCUGGGUAGCUGUUUCUUCGAUGGUUGAAAGAAAGCAAUUGGCAGAAUCGAUGGACGGAUUAGAGAACAGCGGUGCCCACGACAUUUUAGUUAUUGCACUCGACAAUUGUAGAGUUUAAUUGUAGGAUUUAUAAAAUAAAUUUUUUUAUUGGCUUAAACCGUCAAUU